AUGUUAUAAGAAAUAAUCGACAUUUCCGGUUUAUUUUUAAGAUAUUUAUUUUUGCUGAUAUAUGAGAACCUAUUUCAGUAAAAUCUGAAUGUGCGUAUUUAUUCAGUUGAAACAAAUACAGAAAGAGCUGCCCCAGUCAAAAUCGUCUGUCCUCGGUUGCAACACUCUACCGAAGCAACGUCCGCACAAAAACUGUUCAUGAAAUGGGUCUCCAUGGCCAAGCAGCCGCAGACAAGCCUAAGAUCACCAUGUGCAAUGCCAAGCGUUGGCUGGAGUGGUGUAAAGCUCACCACCAUUGGACUGGAGCAGUGGAAACUCGUUCACUGGAGUGAGGAAUCACGCUUCGCCUUCUGGCAGUCUGGCGGACAAAUCUGGGUUUGGCGGAUGCCAGGAGAGCGCUACCUUCCUGAUUAAGGUUUGGUGGAGGAGGGAUAAUGGUCUGGCGCUGUUUUUCAUAGUUCGGAUGUCAGAGGAUUUGUUGAAACAGUUGGGCAGCUACAAAGCACAGUUGCAACAAGUGGAAGCCGCCUUAUCAACCGACCCUGAAAAUGAAGACCUUCUCAAAUUACAGAAAGACUUAUCGGAAGUCAUAGACUUAACAAAAGACCUCCUGACGUCGCAGCCCUCCGAAGGUACUGCUACUGCCAACAGCUCAGAUGCAGCCCCCCUGAAACAUAGGUGGAGCGUCGGGGACAGGUGUAUGACUGUGUGGAGUCAGGAUGGACAGGUGUAUGAAGCUGAGAUUGAGGAGAUAGACGGCGAGAACGGCACGGCGGCCAUCACCUUCUCCGGCUACGGGAACGCAGAGGUGGUGCCACUGCAGAACCUCAAGCCUGCCGAGGAGGGCAAGCACUCUGAGGAUGACGGGAAAUCCAAGUCCAGGAAGGAGCAGAUAGCAGACCAGAGGGAGUACAAGAAGAAGAAGGCCCAGAAGAAGGUGCUGAGGAUGAAGGAACUGGAACAGGAGCGAGAAGACCAGAAAUCCAAGUGGCAGAGUUUUAACAACAAGGCCUAUAACAAGAACAAGAAAGGACAGGUGAAGAGGAGUAUAUUUGCAUCGCCGGAGAGUGUAAACGGCAAGGUGGGAGUAGGAACAUGUGGCAUAGCAGACAAACCUAUGACCACGUAUCACGACACAUCCAAAUAUAACGUCAGGCAUCUAAUGCCACAGUGACCUAACAUUUUAUCUUCGUGUAAAAGUAUCCUAUUGUAUAGUAGCAAGAUCAUUGCUUACCUUUGUGUUUAUAUGGUUUGGGUUACCACAGUAAAGGAGCUUUGAAACAAAUUGCUUGCUCACCAUUGGUUGCCUCAUUGGGAAAUUGUCCUUACCAGUAUUAUCACAUAGAACAGCAGAAUUCUUGAUCAAAUAUAUUACCACUGUAAUGGAGUUGCAGCACAAAUAAUGGUUGUGGUGAAAUUAGUCUCGGUUGCUGUAUCCUUCUGAAUGCAACAAAGGCCAAUUUUUUUUCUCCAUGUUUUCAAUGUUACACAUUUUUCAUGUUGAACUAGACUAUAAUAUACAUUUUUACGAUUUAGUGAUAAGACCCCUUUUUAAAGCAAGUCCUAUAAAGCUAAUUUUACAUCUGACUUUUGUACAUUUAUAGGGAAACAAAUUGUUUUUUGUUUAGAGGUAAGAUGUUACACUCAUUUUUCCCUGAACCCUGAAUUUUUCAUAUUGGUACUGAAUGUUGUUUAACACAGUUCCUCCAGAUGGCAGUAAUGUAUUUUAUACCGUCUUUGUUCUGUGAUGUAUGUCAAUGACCUUAUGCCACUGCUGGUGAUAUAAGCUUUUUAAAAAAUAAAAUACAAUCAGGGAUGAGUUGUGGAUUCUCCUAUUAAACCUU